AGCACUUCCUUAAAAACAGCUAUUUAAUGCAACUCUGCCAGUGAGUUCUUGACAGUUCUGUCCUAACGAUUCUGAUAUUAAUGAAACAUCUUUGCAAAGGGUUGAAGUGUCUUCCUGAACUGUCAAUUUAUUAAUGAAGCAUGGCUUGUGUUGAACAAGACAAGCUGGGACAAGCAUUUGAGGAUGCUUUUGAGGUACUGAGGCAACAUUCAACUGGAGAUCUUCAGUACCCCCCAGAUUACAAAAAUUACCUGGCCUUCAUCAACCACUGUCAUGUCAGAGGGAAUUCCAGCUGCUGUGCUGUGCUGCCGGUAGAGGAACCUGUCUAUAACUGGAGAACAGUAAUAAACAGUGCUGCAGACCUCUAUUUUGAAGGAAAUAUUCAUCAAUCUCUGCAGAACAUCCCUGAAAACCAGCUAGUACAACCUGCUGUUCUCCAGCAAAAGGGAGGAAAAGGCAGGAAGAAGCUCCGACUGUUUGAAUAUCUUCAUGAAUCCUUGUAUAAUCCUGAGAUGGCAUCUUGUAUUCAGUGGGUAGAUAAAAACAGAGGCAUCUUUCAGUUCAUAUCAAAAAACAAAGAAAAACUUGCCCAACUUUGGGGAAAAAGAAAAGGCAACCGGAAGACGAUGACUUACCAGAAAAUGGCCAGAGCACUAAGGAAUUACGGAAGAACUGGGGAAAUCACCAAAAUCCGGAGAAAGCUAACUUACCAAUUCAGUGAGGUCAUUCUCCAAAGACUCUCUCCAUCUUAUUUCUUGGAAAAAGAGAUCUUCUACUCACAGUAUGUUCAACCUGAUCAAGGAUAUCUCAGUUUAAAUAACUGGAAUGCAAAUUAUAAUUAUACAUAUGCCAAUUACCCUGAGCUAAGUCACCCUGAUUGCUAAAUAUACUCUUACAUUUCAUGAUUUCCUGGCAUCGGAAAUCCCUACAAAUUCCGGGAUUUUUUUUCUUAAAGCAAAUACUGAAGAGAAAAAAACCAGUUAACUUCAUUGUUGCUAUCUUUUAUUAAAUAGCAUAAUUUACACUAACUUGGUGAGAUAUUCUGCCAGUGAAAAAUGAUCAAGUCCCUUUUGAAAGUAUAGACUAAGUGUCUUCGCUCUUGCUGUUGUCUAUGCAAUACUUUCUUCUAGAUUAACAAUGCCAGUAGAGAUGAUUUGGUUUGUAUAUUCAUUUAAGUAUUAUUUUCCUGUCAUAACACUCAGACAAAAAAAAAAUCCCUCUAACGUAUAUCUGACGGCUUUAACAACAUAACAAAAAAUAAUGGCAUAUGAUAGUGUUCAUGCUAAAAUACAUUCAUGACUGUAAAAACUUCAGUGACAAUCUAUCUUGAACCCAUGCACUUCAGACCUCAUGGUCGGUGAGGCUGUGCUGCUAAAGAGACGAUGGUCUAAGGAAAAUGCCACUUACAUUAAUGAUAAUAAAAAUCCAAAGCUUACACUUCCCACAAAUCAUUUUCUUGCAUUUCUCUCUUCCUUAAGGUAGACCCAGAAGCUAACGUUUCUUGCUUUCCUGCCACUCAGCCACAGGGAGGUGCUUUCGCCCCAUCAUCUCCCUGGCCCAACCCUGUCACAUGAUCUCUUCCUUCUUCCCUUGAACUAGUCCAGCUGAGACCACACUGGAACAGUUGGAGGAAAAAAAAAAGGUCUUUAAUAAAGGAUAAAGACUAGCAAAGAAUAAAACCAGAGAGGAACCAGGAUUUAGGCAGUCUGGCUUGAAAGCUAUGGUUUAUCCUCAACAUUCCAUAAGGGACCCUGGGAAGAAACUCUUCACUUCUUACUUCCUGCUGGGCAGCUUCAUGCAUAUGCCAUCUAUAUUACCAUGAAGCAGGAAAGCUUCCUAGACUACAUGGCCAUCUUCAGUUCUGGACAAGAAGGACUGGCCAGCAGGCCAAGAUCUCCCUGAUGUCUGCCCUAUCAGAUUUGCAGCAUUCCCAGUCUGCCCUUUUCCUUUAUCCUCUUGGUGCUCUUCCUUCCCCAGGGACUCUUUCUUUCUUUCUUU